GCUGAAUGUCUUGGUCCCCUCCCCCCAUGCGAACCACAUCCUCGCAUACUUACAGAUCUCGUCUCCGACCUACUCGUCUUCGUCUCUCGGUGCUGUUUUGUUUCCAGUCUGCAUUUCAUCUCAUCCUCUGCGAGCCGAGACGAUGACUGCUGAUAAGCCCUCGCCCAGUUCUACUGGUGUUGGUGCUGCGUCCCGAACCCACAAGUCUUGCGAUGCUUGCAAGUCACGCAAGGUCCGCUGUCCUAGUAACGGUCCGCCUGGACCUUGCGCGAAUUGCAUUCGUCGAAAAGAAGAGUGUCGCUUUAGUGUAAAAAGGCUAGCCCACAGGCGCAACGGUAAGCACGAGCAACGAAACACCCGCCAUACAAUAGUUACGCACUCUGAAGAGCAAACACAACAGCUUUGGACGACUUUCUAUGGCAAAAGACUGCAAAUUACUAAGUAAGCACCCAGUUGCCGGACAACUUCUGCCAACGAAUUACUCGCCCUCGAGCAAUCGACCGCCCAGUCUCCCAGACGCCAAAGCCGUGCUAGACUUGUCGACAUCAGAUGGAGAAACCAAACCAUUAGUUCUCCCAGAUCGCACAUCGCCAAAAUCCCCUCCCCACCGCAUCCAAGAGCUCCACGUCGAUCGCGUCCUCGCACGAGCACAGAGACCAAAGACCUCUACCGGAAGAGGACAGGAAGAAAUCAUGUUUGUACCAGUAAGCACCAUCGGCCAC